UCGAAGCCAAAGCUGUGCGAGUCGAACGCGUACACGAUUUAAUUGACAGGAUCCACAGCAAUGAUAAAUAUGGAGUAAAGCUACCCAAGAGCAAGCAUUCCAGUCUCAAAAUUGGCAACAAAAAACAAGUUUCUGAGCCAAGUACUUCUAAAUUUGUAUGUGAAAAUCCUGUCGUUCAAAGAAUUUUAACUGUAGGAUGGAGACAUCGAAUAAAUUACGAAGGGAAAUUUGGAAGUAUGGGACUGAUUGGAAAAACUAAAAAAAUAGCAUUAAACUACAUAAAAAAAUAUAGUUACGAAGAGGUCAAGUCGGAAUUAUUGAAACAAUAUAUCGAUGAUGAUAAUAAAUACCAUUUCAGAUUCUCGGUUAGUUGCUUAGGCAAAUCUGAUGGAACAUGUUUUCUCAGUUUUGAGGAUUCGACAGGCAAAGCCUGUGAUUUUUGGGCUUUUUGCCAUGAGAAAAUUCGCAAUAAAAGUCAUUGUGCAACUAUAUUUUUACUAACAACUAAAGUAAAAGGAUUGGGUGCUGAACUUAGCAAUCAAUCGGAGAAAAAAGUUUUGAACUCCGUUCUCAUGAACAUUCAACAGAUCAAUCUAAUGCCAACAAUUCAUCGCUCACUGAUGAUUUGAAGAAUAAAAAAAAUAUAUAUAUAUUAGACGAUAAUAGAAGUACUUACGAUAAAGAUGAUCCUGCAGUUUUGAAAAGUAUCAGUAAUAUUGAUAACUGGACUUACGAUAAGAGAGCAAUGCCCAAAAACAGCAACACCCAAAACUCAGUUCUUAGCUCUAUUGCAUCACCAUCUUUUUCAAAAAUCAUAAAAUUUUCCAGCAGUCUGCUAUUAGUAAAGAUAAAAUCAUCUGCGCUUAGCCUAAAAGAUGAAGAGAAUGUAACAAUUGCAAAAAGACAUGAUGAUCAAAUUCAUGAAAAAGAUGCUUUUAACUUCAAGAAGCCAGCUGCUUUAUUACCAUCUACAACCAGUCAAGAGACUUCAUUAAAAACAUCGAUUCAAAAAGUUGGGGAGCAUCAGAUAGAGAUUUGGAGUAAGGUAUUAGGUGAAGGAGCUCAAGGAAUAGUGCGAAUGGGUAAAUUUUGCAAUGGGAUUGUAGCAAUAAAAUCAAUGCAAAAAUGGAGGAAUCAAAAGUUAAUAUUCAGAGAGAUUCAGCUGUUAGAUCAAAUUAGACACGUGAAUUUAAUAUCGGUUUCAGCAUAUUGCUCAGCUGCUACUCAAAUACACAUUGUUAUGGAAUACUUUGAAUCAAGAAACUUAUGGGACAUAAUCUUUAAAAAGAUAUUGGAACAAAAUAUACUUUGACUAUGAUUAGAAGACAUGAAAUGUGUUAUCAAAUAGCGUGCGUACUGACCUAUUUGCACAUGCAGCUAACACCUAUUGUUCAUCGUGACAUCAAGCCUGGAAAUAUCUUUGUUAGUGAGGAUUUCAGAGUCAAAAUUUGUGACUUAGGUUUGGCGAAGGGUGGUAUAACAGAAUCUAAUUUGAAUACAACCUGCAUACGAAACAUUAGAGGGACCCAGAAUUAAUUUUAAAACGAGAGGAAGCAACAGUUUAUUCUGAUGUGUGGUCCUUUGCAGUCACACUGAUUGAACUAUACAGUGGAGCUGAUGCUUGGAAACUUUUAACUUCCUGUGACGUGUUAAGUGCACUUAUUAAAAUUUUCAAAAAGAAACAAAUCCCAGAUUUGAAUUGCAUUCCUUUAUUUCUACGAAAGACAGUAUUACAGUGUUUUAAUUAUAAUUCGUAAUUUAGACCACAAGUGAAAGACUUAUUAAUACUACUUGAAAAAGAACUUGGUUAUUCAAAGCCAAAUACAGAAUCAACAAUUUGUUGAUUGAAACGACAAAGUAUUUUUAGAUAUUAGAUAAAGUUAUUUAUGUUUGUUUAACUCUAGUCGAGUAAAAUACUUGCUAAGUACCAAAAUCAUAUAACUUAAAGUUUAUGAUGUGACGUUGAAGUUUAUAUUACAAGAUAAUAAUAAGACAAAUAAGAUUCAUGUGAUAUUAUAGAACUUUACCUUAAGUUUCGACUGUGAUGUUCACUUAAGAGUUUGUAAUGUUAAUUAC